AAUGGAAUUUCGGAUCGAAUUACAGGAAAUAGGGCUGCUCCUCGCUGUUCUCCCUUCUCGCUCGCCCCUCGCGCCGCCGUUCUCAUCACCCAUUGCCCCUCUUCUCCGGCGGCGCUUCGUUCCUUCACCCUCUUGUGCCUCGUCCCUGCUCUCCUCUAGCCGUUCGCCUCCCUUCCGCGCUCGAUCUCUUCGUCGUUCAUUUCUCACCUUCCGCGCGCACAUAGCGAGUUCCCGCUGUUCACUCUGCUCGCGCAAUUUGAAUAUUUGCUGGUAAGGUGCUGCAACUUCUCGCGACCGUCGUCUGUAACGCGGUCAGUACCGACGGCGUCGUCGACUAGCCGUUCGUGCUCUCUCUCCACUGAAGUCGUCUGCAUCCUUUCUUGUGACUAUUUUAGAAUUGCAGAAUGAUGUAGAACUCUGGAAAUUAAUAUUUGUGGCACAUGAUUCCAUAUAAUUGUGUGUUCGAUCUCAAAUGCACAGUAAGAAGAUCUAUCGUUUAUCUUCCAUGUUUAGCAUUCUACCAUCAAAUUGUUGAACUUGAUGGGGAAGAAUUGCUGCCAGCGGUAUGGUAUAGAGCUGCCUAUGCUAAGAUAAUCAAACUAUCACCUGUUCUGAAAGAUUUGAAGCAGAUUGAUGGUAAACUCAUAAAUAGAAACGACAACUCUGUCAUUACUGAUGACUAUGUUAUCAGCCACAACCGGUUGUUCAAUUCCAUUGCUAAAAUGUUUGUCAGACCUAUCUCGUUGCAGUUUUCUCGAAAUAAUACCAUCCCACAACCUGUAGAAUGUUCAUCUCCAGUACUUUUCAGUAAGCCUAGUGAAAGAGAUUCAAUCAUUGUAGAUUCACUUACAAAGAUCUGUGAUUUCCUCAAUGUGUCUGUUCAAAAGAGGAAGUUUGUUCGUUUGGCAGUGUGUCCGCAAGUUACACAGCGCCAUAUAUGGAGGGGAGCGCUUGAAGAGAUCUUUGGAAACUUAAAGCAAGAAAUGCACUUCCUGCCAUGCUGUUCAAAAGAUUUUCAGAUGAGUGAGCAGAUACUAUCUAACUGUGUCAAGUUUUUGACCGAAAUCAAGGACCCAUCAAGUUAUGCCUCUCCAUCUUGGAUGCGACCGGCCCCUUUGAACAAGGUCGUGAAGAUGCAGCCUUCACGCAAUUGGGAAGAACUGCUCGAGAUGAUAGAUGAUCUUUUAGAGGUUUUGGGAAAAGAGAACAACUUUGCACAUCAUGUAUCAAGGCUUGAAAUGAUGAAAAAGGGAUUGUUCCAGAUCAAAGACAUCAUAGUCGAGAGAGAUAUUACUCACAAGGAGGUUCGGCGGCAGGAUUGCCUUCUCCAAAAAAAGUUAACAAAAAGUUUAGGGCACUCAUCCAAGUGUUUAUUUAUUUUGUUACAAUAUUAUCUGCACGGAACUGUUGAAGAAAUCGAAAUUGAGGUUUGUGGAGGGCUUCACCGUUACGGUGGCAAAACAUAUUUAUGCAUGGGAAAAUUUUUAACUUUCUCCGACGAAGAGUCAAUAAUGAGUGCAAUCAUGCAACUGAACAAAGUCCUGAGCGUCUUCAAGUUUGUGUGGGAAACAGCAGCCAUGGAAGGGGUCUUGGUGCUGCAAGGGCACGUCUGGUGCCCAGAUGUUGACGAAAGGUCUCUCACCUACAGAGGCAAUGUGUAUUACUUGCAUGGCAUAAGGUUUUCCUCAUCUUUCCAAUGAAGUCAAGAAAUAGCCCUUUCCACCAUAUAAGGGACAAAAUCUUAGCAAUUUGUGCAUCUUCUCUCACUUCCCCAAUCUCCUUCCUCCAACUCACCUUGUUGUUCCCCACCUUAUCCUUUCCCUUCCCCACUCAUAUCCUUUUCCUUUCUUCUCUCUUUA